CAGCAAUGUACAGCGGUAUAUGUGUCUGCGUGUUCCUUGCUGUGCUCUCAGCAAGCUCUUUCGGACAGCAAACUGUGGGCUCACACAAUGAGAAUCCACUGGCUGCUGAGCUUGAGCAGAGCUUGACAGAACAUCACCGGCAAGUCCGCGCCCCUUCGUCUGCUGGCCCGCUGAAAUCCGUGCCGCACCUGGAUGGAGGCAUUGACCAAAGAGCUAGCAUCGGCGCUUUGUUGGCCAAGUAUCUCCAGCAAGCCAGAAAAGGUCCCACUGGAAGGCUCUCAGUUAUGGGAAACAGGGUACAGAGCAUUGAUCCUACACACAGGAUAAAUGACAGAGACUACAUGGGCUGGAUGGAUUUUGGACGCCGCAGUGCUGAAGAAUACGAGUACUCUUCCUAAAGAAGAGCAAACUAUAGCAACAGGAAAAAAUCACACUCCCAUGUCUGUACAUAAAGAGAAAAAUUAACUUGUCCUCUUUGAAUCAGUGUUUUAAAAUAUAUCAUGUAUUUGAUGUAAAUUUGUCUGUAAGACUAUACAAUGCAAUAUCUACAUAUGCAGAAUUUUCCAGAAAAUGUUUUCUUUCUUUUGUGGUUUCUCAUACAUUGAUAUUAUAUUAAAAUGAUUUCACUUAUCCCUUCUUGUCCUGUCACCGCGUGUUGCUGCAGGGUGUCUUACUAUAAAGAGAGGCAGGAAAAUGCCUUCAUUCGGCAAUGUAAAUAUAUUCCGUGUGUUGAGUAGUCAGACAAAUGAGCCACUUCUCAGAGAAGUCUUUUGUCAGUCCCAGUAGCUGUGAACUCCUAAGGGGAACUUGUCCAAAUAUAAACACAACAGCACAAUACUGCCAGAAAAGGCCAGCUGUCUUCAUGGUGACCCCGUUUGUGAAGGACUGAGUUACACACUAAGCCCACGUGUUUGUAGUGAAUAGUCAACAGUGCUAAAACUGAAAGAAAAAGAACGACACCAACCUGUUUCAUCUUCUGGGCUUAUUUAUUUUAUGUUGUGAACUAAAUGUGAAAGUUUUGCUGAUGGCUGCAAAUCACGGAAUAAACAGAGCAUUCCCUGC